UACUACUGUACUGUACUGGACAGUGUAGACCAUGCGCGUUGCUGUAGUCACUGUACUUCGUGGAUUCAUGGAAAUCGAUUUUAACGAGGCUCCUUUUCAAAUCCCUGGAAUCUACGUUCAAAAAAUUAUUCCGAAUACUGUUAGUGACUCUUCGCUUUUCAAUUUGAGAGAAAUGCUGGAUGGGGCAGAGAUAGUAAUUGGAGAUCCUGCGCUGAUUGGUCCUCACUGGUACAACAUGCCGCCUAGCGUCAAAUGGAUACAGUCAACUUGGGCUGGUGUUGACUAUCUCUGCAAAAACUUCGUCACUCCAAGCAAGCCUUCACCGCAAUUUGCUUUCACACGCCUGGGGUCUGGUUUUGAUGUUCCUAUGGCAGAGUACACACUUGGUCAGAUAAUAGCAAUGGAAAGACACUUUCACCACUAUUGUCACGAUCAAGCCGAGAAGAAAUGGGUAUGGAUAGAAUGUGAGUAUGGAGGACAUAGAAAAUUGGAGGAUCUUACAGUGGGCAUACUGGGAGCUGGCAUCAUCGGACAGACCAUUGCUAAAUAUUGCAAGUCCUUGGGCAUGAAAGUAUGUGGCUUAGUUCGGAGAGAGAUUCCUGUUGACCAGCUGAGAUCUCCCUUCAUUGAUGAAUAUUACCUUACACACUCACUGCCUGAUCUGCUUCAAUGUUGUGAUUAUAUCUGUAAUGUAUUGCCUAGUACAGAAGCAACUCGAAACUUGUUGUCUGACAAUGUGCUUUCAAGCUGCAAACCAAAGGCUCGGUUCAUCAACAUUGGACGAGGUGAUGUUAUCAAUGAUGAAAGCUUGCUUGAAGCAUUGAGGCAAGGUUGGAUUGACUAUGCUGUUUUGGAUGUCUUUAACACAGAGCCAUUGCCUCGAGACAGUCCACUAUGGAACCAUCCAAGAGUUACAAUCACACCUCACAUUGCAGCCGAAUCUGCACCAUCACUAAUCAUGGAGACAUUCAAAGAAAACCUGGAAUUGUAUAGACAAGGAAGGGAGUUGAAAUAUCAAGUUGACUGGACCCAAGGCUAUUAGCACGAGAAACCAACCAUAGACUACUGGAUGAUGUCAUACAAUUUUGUGAUAUUCAAUUUUUCAUUCUUUGCAACAACCAUAUUUAUACAACGAUUGGCAGAACGACUGCUAGGAACUGUUAUAUCUACUAGAGAAUUAUCUCUACAAUGCCUUUCUUUGACAAACUACCUCAAUCUGAGGCAGAUAUGAACAAUGAUGAUCAUCAACAGAAAACAGCCAAAUAUGACAUUAUUGUACUGAAGUGUGAACCUUAGUCGGUAGCCCUCUGUCGUCUACUUUCCACUAAGAAUUCAACUGUAAUGGACACUUGAAGAGAUACACGUACAUUGCAUUGAAUCUACAAUAUAUGAAUAACACCAAAUGCUCAUGCAGACUAUAAAGCAGCAUAGUU